AAUCAUUUUCAAUAGUUUCGCAGAAAUAGAGGCGAUUUCAAAGCAAACGAUUUAGAAUUCAUCUGCUAGUAGUUUCGUCUGAGGUUCUUAACAAAUUUUUUGCCGAAUGCAUUUCAUUGGUUUUUAUCGUACUAAUCCUAAAGAUUACAUUUACGGGUCUUUUUCUGAUUUGGAAAUGUUCGACGUUAUUUGAAAGUUAAUUAUCAAUUUAAAUUAAUUAGUUUUGCAUUCGUGGUGUAAGUUAUUAAAAAAAAUUGUUUGAAAUCAUUGCAUUCUCUAAAGAUGUUUGCUAUCCCACAACAUACAUGCACUCAUUGCGACCAUGCUAAAGUGAAGUUCUCUUUGCCAAAAAUUGUAAAUUUGACUUUACGAAUGCCUCCUAAAAGCGAUGGGCAACGGAAAACUUUCAAAGACAGACGUUCCUUAGCCAUGAGAAAAGCAGAAUCAGCAGACAUAAAGAUCAAGUUUCCUCGGAAAGUACCGGUUGUGGUGGAGCGGUCUGAUGAAGAAAGACUUCUUCCUCACUUGGAUAGAGUGAAAUUCCUCGCCCCUCACGACAUGACUGUAUCCCAAUUCAUCUGCAGAGUGAGGAGUCGACUGGACGUGAAGUCUACUCAGACUUUCUACCUGAUGUUGAAAAACCACACGGUCGUGUCUAUGUCUAGGACUAUGGCAGAAGUCUAUUGCCAGUAUAAAGACGACGACGGAUUCCUUUAUGCUACUUAUGCAUCUCAAGAAAUGUAUGGUUAGAGACUCGUACUGAAAAAGUGCUUAUUUAUUGACAACUGAAUUCAACUUCGUGUAAAUCUGGACUUGUACAAAUCCUAUGCUUAACACUGUGAUAUUUUCUCACCUGACUCAUUUUAUUAAAAUAAAGAUUGUUUGAUCAUUUACAA